AUGUCGCCGCGCGAGGAGGCCACAAAUCCGCAACGCCACCCACUUCAAGCGGCGACUAAAAAUCCUCUCCAGAUUGCAAGCUCCGGCAAAAUCAGUCAUCAACCACUUGUUGGCUCUUUCUUCUUGACACUUCCUUUUCACUUUCUUGUCAUAGCGAUGUGGAGACCUGCAACUCGUGAAGUGACAGGAACGAACGACACGCCGUUGGGCAAUCGUCGCCGAUUUGGCCCUGCACCCGUCGAAGAAAGUGCCCCCCCUCAGCUGGCUCAGCCUUCUCCUUCUGCAUAUCCACGCCCGCCUCCUCAAAAUGAUAGAGACAGCUCUAGGAACGAGCGUGGGGACACACCCAACGAUGCUAACAACGCAGCUGAUCCUAACGCACCUCGCAAGCGCCGAAGUCGCUGGGGUGAUGCUAAAACAGAGAUCCCUGGAUUGCCCACUGCAAUUUCUGCCCAAGGCGUAUCGCAAGCCCAUCUCGAUAACUAUGCCAUUCAUUUGCGCCUGGAAGAAAUCAACCGUAAAUUGAGAUUGAACGAUUAUGUUCCUCCUGAGCGCGAGCGUUCCCCGUCCCCCCCUCCUACGUACGAUGCGCAUGGUCGUCGUACCAACACGCGGGAAGUUCGCUAUCGUAAAAAAUUGGAAGACGAGCGUAUCAGACUAGUAGACCGGGCAAUGAAGAACGACCCGAACUUCCGUCCGCCUGUCGAGUACCAUCAGCAAAAGCGCUCCCAGCGCCCCUCUGAGAAGGUGUAUAUUCCUGUCAAGGAAUUUCCUGAAAUCAAUUUCUUCGGAUUGCUCGUUGGUCCCCGAGGUAACAGUCUGAAGAAGAUGGAGAGGGAUAGCGGUGCCAAAAUUAGUAUUAGAGGAAAGGGUAGCGUCAAAGAGGGCAAGGCCAGACCGGAACAGUAUGCAGAAGAUGCAGAGGAGGAUCUUCACUGUCUUGUCACUGCUGACACGGAUGAUAAGGUCACCUCUUGUGUCAGGCUCAUUAAUAGGGUCAUUGAGACGGCUGCAUCUACCCCUGAAGGCCAGAAUGAUCACAAGCGUAACCAACUCCGAGAAUUGGCUGCUCUCAAUGGUACUCUCCGUGAUGACGAGAACCAGAUUUGCCAGAACUGCGGUGGCGUAGGUCAUCGCAAGUACGAUUGUCCAGAGCAGCGUAACUUCACCGCCAACAUCAUUUGUCGUGUUUGCGGAAGUGCUGGGCACAUGGCUCGUGACUGCACUGUCAACAGGGAUCCCAACGCCAUUCAUAGCGCUCCACCUCCUCCCGCCGCAAAAGGCGGGUUUGACUCGGAAUACGCCAGUCUUAUGGCAGAGCUUGGGGAGGGGGCCAAGGGCUCAGGUGGGGACGGCGGAAGGGCGCCAUGGACGGGAUCCGCUGGGCAUGAUAUCACAGCUGGCGGGUCAAACAUCCCUCCUUGGCGCCGACCCGAGGUCUGGCAGAGCAGCAACAUACCACCUCUUCAGCAGAAUAACGGUUUUCGCCCUCCCCAGCCUGGCGUCGGAGGAUAUGCGCCUGGGCAGCAAUGGGGCCAAGCCGGUUACGGCCAAGGCGGUGGCUAUUACCCGCAGCAAACUCAAGAUUACUCGGCUAACUACGCUCAGUAUUACCAGAACCAAUAUCAGCAGCAGGCCGAUACCCCAACACACUAA